AUGACACCAAAGUUCUCCGCGACCUUCAUCCCGAGCUUCUUCAUACGUUCAGCUUCGACGCGUUCCCUCUGCACACGCGCCAACGCUUCCAGUCGCGACUUGUCGAGGAAUGUCUCCGUCUGCGUCGGCACGCGACGGUGCGAAGCUCGGAUCGCUGUCGAGAUGGGGAAAGGAUGCGAGAGAAAAAGGGUCAGGGUCAGUCUGAAUCAACAGACGAACAUUUGA